UCUGAAGAAAACUUGCCAUUCAAGAACCUCGGACCAUUGAGAUAGUAAAUUCAAAACAAACAAGCCAUUGACUUGAUUUAAAGUGAGAUGUACAGUGACAUGACAGGCUGCUCAUCCUCCAUCUCGCUUGGGAGUGGAGUAACCCGAUAUGUCAGGGUCAAGUUUGUGGAAUUCGCCGCUCUAUUUAGUACAACAGACUCCGCCACUGCCCCAGACAACAGCCUGUAUGUUCAACAAUAUGCUUCAUGUCACGCAGGGGAUUGCGCUUUAUCUGUUCAUGCUGGUCCAGCUAGUUAUCCAGAGAAUCCUGCUGACUGCUUCUGGGAGUUAAUGAGAACUUGCUAUGCAUAUCAGCGAACUCAGACAAGCAAAUACCGACAAUGUACCCGUGUCCUUGCCAGGCGUCCAUGGAGCAGAAUCAGAGGAGAGGCUGGUGCGCAUGCUCUUUGAUGAGCAGGGCUACAACCCGAUGACCCGGCCGUCCAAGAGGCUGGGUGACGUCACAACCGUAAACUUCAGCUUGACGAUCUCCCAGCUGAUCAGUGUGAAUGAAAAGGAGGAGGCGAUGAAGACGAACGUGUGGCUGGGGCAGUCGUGGUUCGACCAUCGGCUCGCGUGGGACAGCAAACUCUUCAACAACCAGAAAAUCAUCCGCGUUCCUGCUGAAGCAGUCUGGAACCCCGAUAUAGUCUUGUUCAACAAUAAAGACGGCCAAUACGGUGUUGCCUUGGCUACUAAAGUCCUGAUCAGCUCCAAUGGGCAGGUGUCUUGGCUGCCUCCCGCCAUCUUCCAGAGUGCGUGCUCGAUAGACGUGGUUCAGUUCCCGUUUGACCGGCAGAACUGCUCCAUGAAGUUCGGCUCGUGGACGUACGACUCUCGGGAGGUGGACCUGAGGCUGGUGGUGGACACGGCGACAAUGGACGACUUCAAACCGAGCGGAGAGUGGGACAUCGUGGAGUCUCCCGCCAGGCGGGUCGUGACAGGAAACCAGGUGCAUGUCUUCUUCGACUUCAUCAUCCAGCGGAAACCGCUGUUCUACAUCAUCAACCUGAUCAUCCCCUGCAUCCUGACGUCCUCUCUGUCCAUCCUGGUGUUCUACCUGCCGUCUGACUGUGGGGAGAAGAUCGGACUGAACAUGGCUGUACUGCUGGCCAUGACUGUGUUCCUGCUGCUGAUCGCCGAUAUCAUCCCCUCCACCUCACUGGCCGUGCCCCUCAUCGGGAAAUAUCUGAUUUUUACGAUGAUUUUUGUUACCAUGACGACGGUGGCCACCACCAUGGUGUUAAACGUGCAUCACCGCACGGGUAGUACGCACGAGAUGCCCGAGUGGAUCCGCUUCAUCUUCAUGGAAGUUCUUCCUAAGCUGCUCAGGAUGGAGAAGGAGGAGGAAGACAAGGAAGCUACGUCGGUGGACAAAAAUAUGAACGGGCCACCUUAUGUCUCCACGGACCGGGUUAUCGGGUCUUCUGAUGCCCUGUCCUGCUCGAGAGAGGAACCCGGGUCCUCCCGCAGAUUGGGACCGGAAAUCGGCAAGGCUGUGAAGAACGUGAAAGUUAUUGCUGACUUCUUCAAGUCUACGGAUGAUGAUUCGGAGGUGAACGAUGAGUGGCAGUUCGUCGCCCGAGUCAUCGACAAACUGUGUUUGUAUUUGUUUCUCGCCGUCUGUGUGCUCGUCACUCUGGCGAUGUUCUUCCAACCCAUGUUCCUGUCAGGAUAGUGGAAAGCUCUCAUACCUGAGAUACCAUUGCUACGUGUUACUAAACCGGUAAUACAUGAAAUACUAGACACUACGUGCAACCACCACUUAACACAAAAGGCGUGGUAAAGCAGUUUGAAUUCAGAUAUUUUCAGAACUGGUCUGUAAGUUUAUAUAGGGUUUUUAAAAUUCUAGUUCUGGAUUUGUAGGUAGACACAGUGUGCUGGAUUUCUAUCAGGAUAUGAUAGUAUUUCAAAGCCUUGAUUUAUUGCUUUUAAAACCAUGAUACAGAAAGAUUGUGAUUACGUAUUGUAUUAUUGCUCAUCCUUAUCGAGUUCCAUAACGAAAGCAACAUAACGACGAACUGAAAGAAAAAUAAAGA